GCUGUCUCCUGGCAAGCGGCUCAACAUCCUCAUCUUUUUCUUGUAAUUCACUUCAGGUCCUCUCGCGAUGUCGUCGUCCUUUGUUCCGCGCUUGCUCUCGCGCAAUCUUCGCCAGAUCUGCAAGCCGCGAGCCAGUCUGACCCCGCUGAAUGCGCGGAGAGCGGCCUCGUCGAAGCAUUCCAAGGGUUUCGUCGCGCCGAGCAACGACGACUUGAUCGAGCUGCGAGAGUCUGUUCAGGAGUUCUGUAGGCGCGAGAUCACCCCCGAAUUCGCCCAGAAAGUCGAUCAGACCAAUGAGUUUCCCAACGAGAUGUGGAAGAAGUUUGGAGAUGCAGGAUUUCUCGGAAUCACUGCCGACGCAGACUAUGGAGGGCUAGCAAUGGGGUACCAGGCACACUGCAUCGUCAUGGAAGAGCUAUCGCGAGCAUCAGGUAGCAUCGCCCUCUCCUACGCCGCACACUCGCAAUUAUGCAUAAACCAGCUCGUCCUCAACGGCUCGCAAGCCCAGAAAGAGAAAUACCUGCCCGGCCUCAUAUCCGGCGAGAAGAUCGGCGCGCUGGCCAUGUCCGAACACUCCGCCGGCUCCGACGUCGUCAGCAUGAAGACCACAGCAAAGGCAGUCGACGGCGGCUACCUCCUCAACGGCACAAAGAUGUGGAUCACAAACGGCCCCGACGCACACCACAUAAUAAUCUACGCCAAAACCACCCCCGAAGCCGGCAAAAACGGCAUCACAGCCUUCAUCCUCAACACCUCCACACCCGGCUUCUCCGUCGCCACCAAGCUCGACAAGCUCGGCAUGCGCGGCUCCAACACGGGCGAGCUCAUCCUCGACAACGUCUUCGUCCCCACCUCCGACACCCUCGGGCCCCUCAACAAAGGCGUCAAAGUCCUCAUGCACGGCCUCGACCUCGAACGCCUCGUCCUCUCCGCCGGGCCCCUCGGCCUCAUGCAAGCCGCCCUCGACCUCGUCCUCCCCUACACCCACCAGCGCAUCCAGUUCGGCAUCCCCGUCGCCCAUAACCAGCUCGUCCAGGCCCGUCUCGCGGACAUGUACACCAAGUAUCGCGCCAGCCAGGCGUUCACAAUGAGUGUUGCCGCGGCCGUGGACAAGAGUGCGGCGGCUGGUGGGGAUGGAGAGGUCCGCACGCAGGACUGCGCAGGCGCAAUCUUGUAUUCGGCGGAGCGCGCGACGGAGGUGGCGCUUGAUGCUAUCCAGCUUAUGGGCGGGAUGGGCUAUAUGAAUGAGGUCCCCGCCGGGCGUAUCUUGCGCGACGCGAAGCUGUAUGAGAUUGGUGCUGGCACGAGUGAGGUGCGGCGGAUGGUGAUUGGGCGGGCGUUUAAUAAGGAGUGGACACGUGCGGGCUGA